CUGAUCCCAACUGACAAUUUUCAUACAUGGCCGUACCAUUACCCGCCACGUGGCGCUCGAUGGCCCCUAUUACUGGUUAACAGCAUACUUCUCUCGCUCCUCUGCUUCUUUCUUUUUUUCCUUCCCUUUCCUUUCCGCUCCUACUGUGAGUCCGUCGCGCCGGACAGCCUUGUACAAGGAACGCACGCACUCUUCCAGCUCUCCACCGCUGCCUUUCCUUGCUCCGCAGAGCUUCAGUUCCUCGAAUCAGGAUUUUCUGCGCCGGAGGUCAUCAGGAGGAAUAUGAGUAACAGCAUAGGUCACAAUUCAUUCCACCAGAGUUUGCUUCAUCCCACGGGUCUCGACCACCGAAGUAAACCUAAUUGUUCUGGCAUUCCUGCGAGCUCCUUGUUCCAAUCUGCUUCUGUGAAUCCACCGGCGGCUGCUGCGUCGGUCCGAACGCGUAGGGCUCCACCAUCCUCCAGUUUCUAUGGAAGAAGCUUGAAAGUGAGGAAAUCAAAGGUGUCUGUUGGGGCAAGUCACCCUGUGGCACUCACCCCACGCUCUGUACUGGCCAUGGAACCGCCAUCCGAGCUUGCAGGUAAAUUCAAACUCGAUGACAGUACAGAAUUGCAGGUUUUCGUUGGCAAUUCUUCUACUGGGUCGGUUACUAUUGUAAAUAUUCAGAUAACAUACAGCAGUGACUCAUUGAUCCUCCACUGGGGUGGGAUACGCGAUAAAACAGAGAAAUGGGUGCUUCCUGCUCGUAACCGAGAUGGAACAAAAAACUAUAAGAAUGGGGCUCUUAGAACGCUUUUCUCACAGGCUGGUUCAAGUUCUGUCCUAAGACUGGAGAUUGAAGAUCCCAACAUUCAAGCUAUUGAAUUCCUUAUAUUUGAUGAAGCCCAAAAUAAAUGGUUCAAAAACAGUGGCCAGAACUUUCAUGUGAAGUUGCCUACGAGAGAGAAAUCGACAGUUCCAAAUUUAUCAGUUCCUGAAGAGCUUGUACAGGUUCAGGCAUAUCUCAGGUGGGAAAGAAAAGGCAAACAGAUGUAUAGUCCUCAACAAGAGAAGGCAAGUAUACUUGAGGAAUACGAAGCUGCUCGUGCUGAGCUAUUAGAGGAAGUAGCCAAGGGUUCUUCCAUCGAAGACCUCCGGCUAAAGCUGAAUAGUAAAAAUGAUGGAGCGGAAAUUAAAGAGCCGCCGUUGCCCGAAACAAAGAGCAACAUGCCUGAGGAGGCACGAGCCGAGUUACAUGCUGAGCUUAACAGAGGUGUCUCCGUGGAUGAGAUGAGGAAGAAGAUCACAAAGGGCGAUGCCCGUAAGAAGGUUACUGAGCAGCCUAACAAGAAAAAGCACUUCGGUCCUGGAAGGAUUCAGCGAAGGGAGAGGGACUUGACACAAAUUGUCACUAAAUACACAGUUGACUGUACAGAGCAAGCAAUCCCUGUUGAACGACAGUCUGCAAAGCCAGUUGAGCUUUAUGCCAAAGCUGUGGAAGAACAAGAUGGCGACACUAUCAUCAACAAAAAAAUCUACAAGCUUGGAGAUAAGGAGAUUUUGGUAGUUGUGAGCAAGCCUGGUGGCAAAAUCAAGGUUAAUAUUGCUACUGACCUUGAAGAGUCAACUAUUCUUCAUUGGGCUUUGGCUAAAAAGCCUAGAGAGUGGUCGGUACCACCUAUGAGUGUCUUGCCCCCAGGUUCAGUUACUAAAGAGCAAGCGGCUGAAACUGAACUAACAAAGUCUUCUGCUGAACUUCCAUAUCAGGUCCAGUCCUUUCAAAUAGAGAUUGAAGAUGGAAGUUACGUAGGAAUGCCUUUCGUUCUCUUGUCCAGGGGAAACUGGAUAAAGAACAAAGGCUCAGACUUCUACGUUGAAUUUGCCAGCGUACCUAAGCAAGUGCAAAAGGACGCAGGUGAUGGAAGAGGUACGGCAAAGAGAACAUUGGAUCGAAUCGCAGAGAUGGAAGAGGAAGCACAGAAGUCAUUCAUGCACCGGUUUAAUAUCGCAUCUGAUUUGAUGGAUCAAGCCAAGGAUGCUGGAGUCUUGGGUGUUGCCGCUAUCUUUGUGUGGAUGAGGUUUAUGGCUACACGGCAGCUUAUAUGGAACAAAAACUACAAUGUCAAACCACGUGAGAUUAGUAAAGCCCAGGAUAGGCUUACUGACUUGCUCCAGGAUAUUUAUAGUUCCUAUCCACAGUACAGAGAGUUUUUGCGACUGAUAAUGUCAACUGUUGGAAGAGGAGGCGAAGGAGAUGUUGGACAGCGUAUUCGUGAUGAAAUAUUGGUUAUUCAGAGAAAUAAUGAAUGCAAAGGUGGAAUGAUGGAAGAAUGGCACCAAAAAUUGCACAACAACACUAGCCCUGAUGAUGUUAUAAUCUGUCAGGCAUUGAUUGAUUACAUCAAUUGCGACUUUGACCUCGGUGUUUAUUGGAAAACUUUGAACGAAAACGGAAUCACAAAAGAGCGACUUCUAAGUUACGAUCGUGCCAUACAUUCUGAACCAAAUUUCAGAAGAGAUCAAAAGGAUGGUCUUCUGCGCGAUCUUGGAAGCUAUAUGAGGACCUUGAAGGUCAUUUCCUCAACCAUUUAUCAGCAUAAGCUUGAUGUUCUGUUGCUUACUUGUUGUUUAGUUUUUCAGUUGAAUCGAGGGCUGAGCUGGGGAAUGCCUUCACUCUGGGCAGUGCAUUCAGGUGCGGAUCUCGAGUCUGCUGUUGCAAAUUGUAUGGGUUAUAGAGCAGAGGGGCAAGGUUUUAUGGUUGGGGUGCAGAUAAAUCCAGUCUCAGGGUUACCAUCUGGCUUUCCGGAAUUGCUUCAAUAUGUCCUACAACAUGUGGAGGACAGGAAUGUGGAAGCACUUCUUGAGGGUUUGCUUGAAGCUCGUCAGGAGCUUAGGCCAUCACUGGUCAAGGCUAAUUCUCGUCUGAAGGAUGUUUUGUUUUUAGACAUCGCCCUUGAUUCUGCUGUUAGGACAGCCAUCGAAAGAGGAUAUGAGGAAUUAAAUGAUGCUGGCCCUGAGAAAAUGAUGUAUUUCAUUACUUUGGUGGUUGAGAAUCUCGCACUUUCAUCGGAUAAUAAUGAAGAUCUUAUCUACUGCUUAAAGGGAUGGAAUCAUGCCAUGAAUAUGUGCAACUCAAAGAGUAGCAACUGGGCGUUAUAUGCAAAAUCAAUCUUGGACAGAACACGCCUUUCCCUUACUGAGAAGGCAGAGUGGUAUCAGCAACUUCUCCAGCCAUCAGCAGAGUAUCUUGGAUCACUGCUUGGAGUAGAUCAGUGGGCUGUGAAUAUAUUCACGGAAGAGGUGAUCCGUGGUGGUUCCGCUGCUGCUCUGUCCUCACUUCUUAAUAGACUUGAUCCAGUUCUACGAAAGACUGCAAAUCUUGGAAGUUGGCAGGUUAUCAGUCCAGUGGAAGCAGUUGGGUACGUUGUUGUUGUGGAGGAGUUGCUCACAGUACAGAACAAAACUUAUGACCGCCCUACGAUAAUAGUUGCAAGAAGAGUGAAAGGUGAAGAGGAAAUACCAGAUGGCGCAGUUGCUGUGCUAACAGCUGACAUGCCUGAUGUCCUAUCACAUGUAUCUGUCCGUGCAAGAAACGGCAAGGUUUGCUUUGCUACAUGUUUUGACCCUAACAUUUUGGACGACCUCAAAGUGAGAGAAGGAAAACUAUUGCGUCUGAAACCUACUUCUGCAGAUGUAGUCUACAGCGAAGUAAAAGAGGAUGAGCUGGAAAGUUACAGUUCAACUGGCUCAACAGAAGUUGGUACUUCAUCUCUGAAGUUGGUCAAAAAGCAAUUCAAGGGGAAAUAUGCCAUAUCAUCGGACGAGUUCACUGGCGAAAUGGUUGGUGCCAAGUCCCGCAAUAUCUCAUAUCUGAAGGGAAAAGUUCCCUCAUCGAUCGGUGUUCCGACAUCAGUGGCCUUACCUUUCGGAGUUUUUGAAGAGGUUCUAGCGGAUGGUUUGAAUAAGGACGUUGAGAAGAAGCUCCAACUGUUGAAGGGAAAGUUGGAUGGAGGAGAGUUUGCUGUUCUCGGGGAGAUUCGGGAGACUGUUUUAGAGCUGUUACCUCCACCACAGCUGGUUAAAGAGUUGCAAACCAAGAUGAAGAGUUCUGGGAUGCCUUGGCCAGGUGAUGAAGGGGAGAAGAGAUGGGAGCAAGCAUGGACUGCUAUUAAGAAGGUCUGGGCGUCCAAGUGGAACGAGAGAGCAUACUUCAGCACCAAGAAAAUAAAGCUGGAGCAUGAUUAUCUAUGCAUGGCUGUCCUGGUGCAAGAAAUCAUAAACGCUGAUUAUGCAUUCGUCAUCCACACGACAAAUCCAUCCUCAGGAAACGCCUCAGAGAUAUAUGCUGAGGUGGUGAAAGGACUUGGAGAAACUCUCGUUGGAGCUUAUCCUGGUCGUGCUUUGAGUUUCAUCUGCAAUAAAAAUGACCUGGACUCUCCACUGGUUUUGGGUUAUCCUAGCAAACCAAUUGGCCUCUUCAUCAGACGCUCAAUCAUCUUUCGUUCGGACUCCAACGGCGAAGAUCUUGAAGGCUAUGCUGGUGCAGGCUUGUAUGACAGUGUGCCAAUGGACGAAGAAGAGAAAGUGGUGCUGGACUACUCGUCUGAUCCGCUGAUGAUCGACGACAACUUCCAGAAGUCGACUCUCUCGAAGAUUGCGAGUGCCGGGCAUGCAGUUGAGGAGUUGUAUGGAUCUCCACAAGACAUUGAAGGCGUGGUACGAGAUGGCAAAAUCUAUAUCGUUCAAACGAGACCUCAGAUGUGAUACUGCCAUCAUCUUGCAUUAAAUGUUCUGGUCUGUCAUUCUAGACCCCAAAUUUUUCUGGAUUUCGAUCCACAACAGUACACAUUAUACGAAUAGCUUUGACACCUGCUUGGACAACUCGAAAGAAUAGAUCUGAAAAAAGCGGGAAAUAGCCAAACGAGUAUAAUUUGAGGUCCUACGGAGGUCGUGGAAGAAACAUCAGAUGCCCCUAGCUAGGGCUUUAAGAUGAGGUGGCUAAGUUAAUUUCAGUCCUUUCAUUUCAUUAAAAUUCAAUGGUUCAGAUUGAUCAAUUAAUAAAAGGUAAAGUAGUAAUUACAUGGAUUUUUAUUUUUUUCAUUAUUAAAUACUUAGAAAACACUUUCCUGUUCAAGGUUUUU